CUGCAAGUGUCCUCUUCCAUCAUCUCGUUUGCAUUGAACAAUCCUGGCAGCUCUUUGCCACAGUCCCAACCAAUAAGAUGGACUCCGACGACUCUGGGGUAGUCGCAGCUCCUCCGGGGAAAAAGCGAAUACCGAAAUCCUGUACCAAUUGCCGACAGUCAAAGGUGAAAUGCGAUGGAAAACGGCCAUGUACCAGAUGCGACAAGAUAAAGAAAAAAUGCGUGUUUUUUGAGACACCUAAAGACCCAACCACUCAGAGAUUAGAGACCGUAGAAAACGAAGUUCAGCGCCUGAAUGAACAGCUUGAGGAAUUACGCGGACUACUUCAUUCACAGAUUUCACAGUCUUGUCAUGAGAGUCUUCGCACACCAUCACCUCCCCGGAUUGCACCUACUUCUGCAUCUAUAACUGCUUUUGAUACUAUGGCGAGCCCUGAAGCAAUCCCACACAGUCGUCAAUAUAGCGCUGCUGGAGAGGUGCAUCUCCAAAGCCCACUCCAAGCAGCGAAUUCAGAGACCAGUCGUCCCUCAAAACGAAGACGCUCUGGGUUCGAGAUCAGAGACGAACCGGUUUCCGAUUUCAUCAGCAAGGGUCUCAUAACGGCAGACUAUGCGGUAUCAUGUUUCAAUACGUAUAUACCCAUUUUUGACCCUGGAUAUGACACGUUUACCUCGGUACGCUCUCGGAGUAGCAUUCUCCUGAAUGCUAUCUGCACCAUUGGCAGCCGCGUUGAAAGGUCUGGCUCACAGAUGUCCGACUUAUUGCACUCGGAGCUCAAGCGGUGGAUCAAUGUCAUCAUCCAGAACGAGAAGAUGAGCUGCCUCGAGUCAGUGCAGGCCCUGCUAGUCGUCGCCUGUUAUUCUGCCGAGCGCUCUCUACUCUUAUCAUUUGCAACUCGGAUGGCGCUGGACUUGGGCAUAGAUGCGGCGUUUGAAGAGCUCACGCACAGACUGACAAUGAAGGAGGUCGAAGAGAUCUCCAACAUCUCGGGACUGAGGGAAGAAGAGCGCAUUCUUAUGGUAAAGUCAAGGACAUGGUUCGGACUUUUGGUCCUGGAGCAUAUUUUCCGCGUGGACGGUGGAAAACCCCCGGGGAUUCGAAUGACCGGAAACGCUCGUCGAUGCCGCAUGUUGCUUCGUCAUCCUUCGUCGACAGUCCUGGAUCUGCGUCUGUUCUCUCAGGUGGAGCUAACCCUAGACACAGUCAACAUCAACGAUACUCUAGGGGCAAGUCAGACCCUGAACCGGACCGAUAUUGCGGAUUUUGUGCAUGAAGCCAAGGUAGACCUCGAUCUCUGGUUUGAUGACUGGUUGCGAAUCAUUGAAAACACAACCACCGCAGCGCAAGAAAAACCAUACUUGCUUGCUGCAUUACGAGUCCAGAAAUGCUGGUCUGAGAUGAUGCUCCACUGCAAAGCCCUCCGGUCCAUGGGCGUAGAGAACAACAACCCGAACCACAGAACCAUGUCAUCCGUCGAGCGCAACAUCCUGCUCAUGGCCAAAGCGAGUGCCCGGAAACACCUCCGCCUCAUCAGCGUGGAACCAGACUUCUACCUCGCCAAGCUCAAGUACGCGAUGGACUUCGUCUGGGCCAAAUGCGCAUUCUGCUUCCUCCUACUGCUCAAGCUCUCGCGACUGCUGCCCGAACGCAAAGAAGAACACCAAGAGCUACUCGACCACGGAACCCGACUCCUCGACGAACUGGCCAAGUCCGGCUCGAACAGCGACACGACCGGCAACGGCAACGUCUACCUGCAUAUCCUGCGGCUGAGCAUUGAGAAGUACGGACGAACGCUGCAGGAGAAUGAGAUGGGGUUGAGCCAGACGGCGACGACGGCGCCAUUUUGGGAGCUGUUUGAUGCGCAGGCCGAUUUGCAGUCGUUCGUGCCGGAGCAGUUCGUGACCGAGUGGGAUUUCCCCGGGCUGAAUUUGUUUUAUUUUCCGACUGCGUGGCAGGAUUUCUUUGGGGAUUUUUCGCUGGCGGUUUGA